UCUGUUGUCUGUGCCUCCUUUCUUGCCCACCGGGCAAGGAAGAGAUGUUCGCUUGGGAGCUGGCCGCUUCGACGCUGACUUGGCGGUUCCGUUAGCUAGUAUGCUAGCGUUCAUCAUGUCAAGACAGGUUGACGAUGCCGCUGGUUCUGCCCGAGGCCGAUUGAUGGGUUGUACUGUAGUUAACUAAUUAGGUUCAUAGCAGUGGGAUUUAAAUAAGCCCUACUAGUCACAUUCAGACUGAAAAUGAGUAAGUGGAACACGCUCUCAUAGGUGUUGGUGUGGUCAUGGUUAGCAUUGUUAUAGUGGUUGGUAGCCUGAAGCCACUUAUUUGGCCACCCUGUUCAACACCAGCAGUGUUGGGCGUGCAAGGAGCUAGUCUGAACUUUAACUGGUUCUCAUCAAUAUCUUGUAAAUGUGCAUGGACAGAGUGGGUCCACCUCCCCUUUUUCUAUCUGACCUUUGUGGGUCAGUGGGUUGCAGCUGUUCCAUCCAUCCAUCCAUUUUCUCUACCGCUUGGCCUCAUUAGGGGCACGGGUGGGCUGGAGUCUAUCCCAGCUUACUUCAGUCAUAAGGUCACCGUUUAAACGCUUGUAGACGAACAUUCACUUAUGGCAGUUAGAGCUUCCAAUUAGCCAUCAUUUUUGGGGGUGCGGGAGUACGCAGAUAAAACUGAGAGAUACAACUUCCAGUCUGAGACGAACCACUCGGCCACAGUGCGGCCGCCGCCCCUACUAGUUUCCCCAAAUGCAAACUAUUGUGAAAUUUUCUUUGCCAUGUUUUGUGCUAUGAACUUGCGUUGAGCAACAAUCUCAUCCCUGUGGACUGUUUCGGUUUGGCCUCUGAUGGAGACAUGAAAGUCUUCCCUUCAGUUUCUAUCAUGUGCUUGCUAAGAUGCGCAAAAAGUGAUUCACACUGACAUGCGUUGUCAUUUUUAAUUUUAAAACACCGCAUCUCAUGCAAACGCUGCCAUUUUACACAGCGCCCCAGCUAACCUCGCCAGCCUGGGCGAGUUGGCUCUGCUGUCCUGACCAGUGCGGUGCGGUGCGCUUGCUAUCAUUCGUCUUUGACUUGUCUUGAUUACAUAAGUGUAUUUUGGUGUGUAUUUUUGACUUAAUGGAUUAUUUUGCCAGGCCGCACGGUGGUUAGCAUGUUGGGCACACAGUCAGGAUAUCGGGAAGAUAUGGGUUCGAUUGGGCAUCUCUGUGUGGAGUUUGCAUGUUCUCCCUGUGCAUGCGUGGGUUUUCUCCCGGUACUCCGGUUUCCUCCCACAUUCCAAAAAUAUGCAUGUUAGGUUAAUUGGCGACUCUAAAUUGUCCAUAGGUGUGAGUGUGAAUGAUUGUCUAUAUGUGCCCUGCAGUUGACUGGUGACCAGUCCAGGGUGUACCCUGCCUCUCGCCCGAAGUCAGCUGGGAUAGACUCCAGCAUACCCGCGACCCUAGUGAGGAUAAGCGGCAUAGAAAAUGGAUGGAAGGAUUAUUUUUGUGAAAUUGUGCAGCCGUCCUGCUAAAUAAUUAUUUACACGUGUGUUCAUGGCUAAUUGUACAACCUUUUUGAGCCCACGGACCUGCUCACUUCUGUCAACCGUCUCUGGUGGGGGUAAAACAAGAGUGCGAGAGGCACCCUCCAGACCUCAUAGUAAUCUAACGCUAUUAUCACAUAAUGAUGUGUAGAGCAAACAAAGGCAAACCCACAGUACGGUUCGUAGUUUAGUAUUUGAGCUACGGUUUCAGUACAAGGAGAACAACUUUUUUUCUCCCACAAUUAUAUCUUUAUUGUUUGUUAUUAUGGUUAUGAUUUUUUAAAUGCAGAAUGGUAAUAAAAUUCAAAUUUACUAAUUUUCCAAUGAUUACAAUUCUCAAAUAAGAAAUAAAAAUAUCGAUAUAGCAGAGAAAAAUUGAAGGGUCUGCACAUUAAAGAUGUUAAAAUCAAUCCAAUGUAGCUCAGUAUGUUGUACAAUAAACUGCAUAAGCUUUGUGUUAUUGGUAACAAGGCAAAUUAAUGCAAAUCUAAUAAUAUAAUUACAAAGACAUGGCCGCAGUCAGCUUCAGCUCGAAGCAAUUGUGAAACCAUGACAAUGGAAAACCAAAGCUCUGACCACCAGCUCCAAAAAAGCUCCGAAACAGGCACAGUGCAAAAGGGGUGUGUGUGGAAUUUGCAUGUUCCCCUGUGCGUGUGUGGGUUUUCUCUGGGAACUACGGUUUCCUCCCACAUUCCAAAAACAUGCAUGUUAGGUUGGCGUUUGGCGACUCAAAAUUGUCCAUAGAAUGUGUGUGUAUAUGUGCCCUGCGAUUGACUGGCAACCAGUCCAGGUUGUACCCCCCUCUCGCCUGAAGUCAGCUGGGACAGGCUCCAGCAUACCCGCGACUCUCGUGAGGAUAAGCGGCAUAGAAGAUGGAUGGAUGGCAUGACAGAACAAGCUGCGGGCUGAAAAUGGCCCCUGGGCCGCACUUUGGACACCCCUGCUUUACUGUGUUCCCUUUUAGGAAGCUGCAAGUGCACCAGUAACAGUUUUAACAGGGUGAUGGUUAUUUUAUUUUUAGUGACGUUCCUUAGCUUACAUGCAGGUGCAAUCUUCUGCACUCAUCUUUGUCCGUUUACGGGGGUGAAGUGUUAAAAAACAGGCGCACUGCACCUGGACGGCGGGGACAGAUUUGCAGUGUGUAACUAGUGUCUCACAAAAAUACGACACAUGAGCGGCACAACAAACAUGCAGCCACCUCGUAUGCCACCACCCUGAGUUCUGUUCAAGUGCAAAAUAUUUAUUUUUGUUGUUUCUUCUUGAGAGAUAUGCAAUGUUUUCUGAAUGACUAUAAAUCUCGUCUCACACAAGUAAUUGGAUGGGAAUGUCAACAACAUUGUAGAAAGUUCUGGAUAGUUCUUUUGAACUCUAAUCCAAAACGACGGCACAACAAGGUUCUCCCCGCAGCACAACACACGAGGGAUUUGGCGCAUUAGUAUGUCUGUAAGUGACAAAACCAUAUUUGAAGUAGCUGCUGUCAUCACUUUGGUUGAAAUGAACUGUCUCGUCUCUCCGCUAUCGUCAUUGGCCUGGGAGGUUUUUCAGCAUUCCCAGUGAGAAAGCUUCUUAACAUAGUUUUUCUUCAUACAUGCACUAGCCAGUAGUGAUUGCGUGCUCACCUAACUUUGACGCUGAGGUCAUUAGUAUAAUAAAUAAAUAUAUUACUAUGAUUAAAUCACAGAAAGCACAUUACACUAGGUCCCCAACUUACGAACACAAUUGGUUCCAGACGACCAUUCGCAAGUCAAUUUGUUCGUAAGUCCAACAAAAGGUAAUAUUACCAAUGAUAUAGGUACUACAUGUACGUGUAUACAUACGUAUACAGUAUAUGUGUAUGUAUGUAAAUAUGAGUUUGGAUGCAGUAGUAAUAUUAAACGAGGAUAAUUAAUGAAAAAAAACAAUAAUAAUAAAAGUGAUAUAAUAAUACGUAAUGAUAAAUGUUAUUUACCUUUGAAGAGGAGUGGUCUAGCAUACGUCGUUGGUGGUAGUGGUGGUGGAGGAGUUAUUGUAAAAAUACAAAUCGUCGUCGUCGUUAGACUCUUCUAAAAGAAGUAGUGUUCUGUGGGUGGUGUAGAAUUAAGCAGGCCUAUUAACUCUUCAUAAACUUUAAUCACACGCUCUGUCCGGGUUGCAUCGUACAGCUACAACUUAGCUUUUCUUCACUUCUCCUCCCCCCCGGUCUCCCUCUACCUGUUGCUCCCAUUUGCAGUGUCACAGUGCCCUCUACUGGUCAAGCAUGUAGCAGUAUAAAUAUGGAGACAAGGCAAAACACAUGAAAAUAUAGACCAGUCAGCUUGCGUUCGUAUCUCCGAAUGUUCGCAAGUCGGAUGUUCGUAAGUUGGGGACCGGAUUUCUGAAAUAGAUAUACAUUUACGUUUAAUUUGAUGUAGUUUUUUACAUAAUAAUACAAUUUAAAAGGUUUGUGUCUAUUAGGGAUGUUCCGAUCCACAUUUUUUGGCUUUUGAUCCAAUCCGAUUUUUUUUAUAGUCUUUCUGAUCCGGUACGAUACUGAUCGUUUUUUUUUUUUGUGUGUGUGUGUGUGUGUGUUUGUUUUAAUAAUACGUUUGUGGGCCGCACGGUGGUCUACUGGUUAGCAUGUUGGCCACACACUCACAGUCUGCAGAUCGGGAAGACCUGGAUUUGAUUCUCCCCUGGGCAUUUCUGUGUGGAGUUUGCACGUUCUCCCCGUGCGUGCGUGGGUUUUCUCCGGGUACUCCGGUUUCCUCCCACAGUCCAAAAACAUGAAUGUUAGGUUACUGCCACGCUGCUCAGCAAGUACAGUGGCACAUCAAAACAUUAUAAUUCAUGUUUACUAUUCAUGACACAUACGAGGUGUGUCAGAAAGGUUCCAGGACUGAAGAUGACAUUCUUCAACAUGUGGGGCAUUGUCUACUACGAGUUCUUGCCACAGGUCCAGACAGGUCCAACAUCAACCAGUAUGUUUACAAAGAGAUCCUGCAGCAUUUGAUUGGUUCUGUGGACGACAAGAGGCGAGUUUGUUGUGGCAGGAGAACCCGUGGCUGCUUCUUCAUGACAACACGCCUGCUCACAAUGCCCCGAGCAGCCGACAGUUUUUUGGCCGAGAACAACAUCGCCAUGCUGGCGCAACCUCUCUACUCACCCACGACCUGGCUCCAUAUGAUUUUUUUUUUUUGCCAGAUAUCAGAUGGCUGUGGCGACGGAGCUGCGGAGGACCCCUUCCAGGAUUUGUCCUUCCAGGAGUGCAUGAAGGCUGGGAAAGUGCAUUAGAUCCAGAGGGAUUACGUACUUCGAAGGGGAAAACUUGAAGUUUGGAUUUGAAAAAUACCUUUUGUGACACCAGUCCUGGAACUUUUCUGUUAACACCUUGUAUUUGUCACAGUUAGAAUGCCAGCUCAGUCAAAUGGACUUUUCCUCAUUCAUUGGAAGGGCGACAGUACUGUCGUGUUGCAUUCAGUGGCACGUCUCAUAUCCUUCCACAUUUUCUACUCAGCAUGGACUCUGACCUCAUCAGUCUAGUAUUUUGCCACCAGUGUUGUUUUUACAGUAAAUCCCUUCCUGCAGGCAGGUAGACACUUUUUUUUUUUUUUAAUUCCACCAGGAUUUUUCUUCUCUCAAUACACUCCCCCUGGGAACUUUCAACAUACCAUGAAGGCUCUCUUCCCGCUCCGCAGCAGUCGUUUAUGCCGACGACGUGUUUUGACACGGGAGCAUUCCAUGUUAAGACCUACGUCCUUGGUGAUCUGACAGCAUAUGAAGUGGCGAUGCAAAAUGCGAGGGCUGAACCCCCCACACAGAGUGAAGUCCAUCUCUAUGACCACGUUCACGCAGCAAGAAAUUGAGUUCCUACAGAAACACAGCAAUGAGGUCUGUAAACACAUCUGGUUGGGCCUCUACGAUGACAGGACAUCAGUUGUUCCAGAUUUCCGAGAGCCACAGAAAGUAAAAGAGUUCCUCCAGGAAAAAUAUGAAAAGAAAAGAUGGUAUGUGCCUCCAGACCAGGCAAGGGCAGUUGCCAGUGUCCAGGCAUCGGUGUCUGGCUCUUCAGCCAGCAGCACUGGUAGUACCCCAGAAGUGCAGCCUCUCAAGACCUUGCAGCUCAACAAGACCCCACUUCGUCAGUCCCCCGGGUUAGUUCGCUCCCAGGCGCACCUCACUGCCCAGGAGAAGAAGUUUGACCUGCUAUCAGACCUGGGAGGUGACAUCUUUGCUGCCCCACCUGCACAGGCCGCCACCUCCACCAACUUUGCCAACUUUGCACAUUUUCAAAGCCAAUCAGCACCUCAGGGUAAUACAGACACCAACUUUGCCAACUUUGAUGCAUUUGGAAACACUGCAAUUCCAUCCCAUCUGAGCACGUCACCCCCCUCAAAGUCAUUUUCCACAGGAGGAGGUGUGCCAAUCCCGUCUAUGUCGAGUGCUGUCCCUACCCAGUCCCAAACUGGGAGCUGCUCAGAGGAUCGCUAUGCUGCUCUGGCUGAGUUGGACAACAAGCUAAGCUCCUCUGUAGGCAGCAGUGUGCAAGGGAAUUUAUUUGGUCCAGUUCUCGGCUCAUCGCCAGCCCAGAAUCCACCUGUUCUACCCAGCAUGCAGCCUGGCUAUGCAGGUGUCCCUUCCACAAAUCCCUUCGUUGCUGCAGCUGUUGCCUCAGAGAUGGCGACCAAUCCUUUCCAAGCCAAUGGCAGAGCACCAGCUGCAGCCUCAUUUGGUACUGGCUCUAUGAGCAUGCCCGCUGGCUUUGGGAAUGCGUCUUCAUACUGCCUUCCGACCAGUUUCAGUGGAAACUUCCAGCAGCAAUUCCCUGGCCAGGCCCCCAUCCCUUAUUCUCAACCCGGGGCCUACCAACCUCAGUCGAAUGGCCCUGCAUUCCCAGUCUAUGGUCCAAACAAGCCCUCCAUGACGCCCUUUGGUCAGCCAAUGGCUGGUCCUGGCAUGUCCAAUAACCCCUUCAUGGCGGGAGCCCCUACCGGACCCUUCCCUUCAGGGGGUUCCUCCACCAACCCAUUCCUGUAGCACAACUCCCAGUCCUCACCACCAGAGGGCAGCAUGCAGCACAUAGUCAACGCACCGUUUCGUCACGCUAUUAGUGGCAGUACAUUUCUUACAAAAGUCUUUUUUCCACAAAAAAAGUUUACACUAUGAAGGAGUACAAAGGACUGUUAGGGGGAAAAUGUACUGUUUGGACUAUAUACAAGACAUUAUAUGCUUUUUAUUAUUUGUUUAUGACUGUAAGCUGUGUGCAUAUCAUCAUUUGUAAUCACAUUUACGUAUAUGUUAUGUAUAACAAGGAGUUAACAAAGGUGAGUAGACACCUUGUGGAAAAACCACUACACACUAUUGUAAGUAAGGGUUUACAGUUUAUUAUCUACAGGGUUCUAUAUAAAUCCAUGAAUCUGGGGGUUGGGCCAACCAACCAUGGAGAUGCAGGUAUUUCAUUUCAAAAGGGAUUGGUUUUUUUGUGUUCUUUUAGCAUAAAUGCUACUAUACUGGCACUUAGGCCCAUAUUGUCCAUGAAUAGCCUUCACAACUGGAGUUAAAGUUACCUAUAACCAAAAGAAAUUCAUGUUGUGCUAAAUUAGUGUGAAGUCAUAUGCAGUUUGGAUGGCAUGCUGUAUUGCCAGUAUCGAACAACUGUGGAACCAAAUGUCAUCGGCUUAAUUUUAGCUGGAAACCAAGGUCAGAUAUUUGAGUAAAUGCAACUGUGGGUGGAUGUGUGCUAGAAAUUCAGCAAAGUCACAAGAUGAUUUGGAUGAACUGUGCAAAGUCAUCCAAAUAAGCGCUCUUGUUGUUGAGGGCGUCAAAUGAGCAGGUCUCAAAUGUUCACAGUGAACAGCGUUAACAAGCUUCAGCAUUGCUCCAAGCACUGAAUUUGCUCGAUUUAAUCAAGGCCUCUUCAUUACUGGAUGACUUUGACUCUGGACAUGGAUUAGGUCCCCAUUUGUGCCGCUAGUGACUAACAAUGAACUUCAUGUGUUUCUUGUCUUUGCAGGAAUAGCUAAGUCAAUGUGUACAUAUAUAAAUAUAUGUAUAAAUAAAUUAAAAGAUUUUUAAA